GGAAGGGGAAAAGAACCACUGUAUCGAACAUUUUGGAACAAGAAAGUCCAAGAACUCUCAAAAGACAGAAAAAUGUCUAACAAGGAAAUUUACAAACGUGUAAAUGAAAGCUGGCAGCUUCAUAGAAGCGAACUAAUGGAAUUGGAAACACAAGAAAUCCAGACAAAAUGUAAAGAAAUUAAAGCUGACGCGGCAUGUGGCUCAAAUGAUUCUAGAUUAAAGAAAACUACUCUACCCAACAACGUACUUCGCGUGCAGGAAGCUUCGGAAACCAUUAAAAGUUUGACUGCGGAAGUUAACUCUUUCUCGGAAAAAUUGAAAAGAAGCCAUGACGCGUUGGAAAAAGAGAAUUUUAGAAAAGAGUUGAAGCGUGCUAAAACAAGCUUGCUUUUCUCCACAAGCGAGUUAAGAAAAGCGCAAGAUGCCUUGAGGAAGAACCUUGGUGUAAAGAAGUCAGAAUUUGCAAAACAUUUAAGCCCCUGA